UGUGCCUUCGCGUCUGGCCUGUGCCCAAAAUGGAAAUAUCGCGCGUCUGCCUGGAGCGACAAGACAAAGAGGUACCGUCUGUCCUCCUCACAGCAUCAAUUCCUCACCAGUUUCUCUUAGAUGCCAUACUUCAACUUCGAAAAUGGCGGACAAAGAGGCCACGGUGUACAUUGUCGACGUCGGAAAGUCGAUGGGGAGGAAACGCAAUGGGAGGGAUCUAUCUGAUCUGGAUUGGGCAAUGCAAUAUGUCUGGGACAAGAUUACUACGACGGUUGCUACUGGACGGAAAACUGCAACAAUUGGUGUUGUUGGUCUAAAGACAGACGGUACCGACAACGAAUUGCAAGAUGAUGAAAACUUCUCGCACAUCACAGUGUUCAAAGAAAUUGGACAGGUUCUCAUGCCUGACUUGCGCAACCUACGUGACCAGAUCAAACCCAGCAAUUCUGACGCAGGAGACGCUGUCUCGUCCAUCAUUUUGGCUAUCCAGAUGAUCAACACGUAUACCAAAAAACUGAAGUACAGACGGAAGAUCGUCUUGGUCACCAACGGAGAAGGCCCAAUGAGCAACGAAGGUCUUGAGCAAAUCAUAAGUAAGAUCAAGGAGGAUAAUAUUGAACUAGUAAUUCUCGGUGUCGACUUCGAUGACCCUGAAUAUGGCUUCAAAGAAGAAGACAAAGACCCAGAAAAGGCCAAAAAUGAAGAACUUCUCAAGAGUAUGGCCGAGGACUGCGACGGAGUGUACGGGACGCUAGAACAAGCUAUUUCAGAACUUGACAUACCUCGCGUAAAGGUUGUGAGGGGAAUACCAUCGUUCAAGGGCCAGCUGCGAUUAGGAAACCCCGAAGAAUAUGACUCAGCACUUUGCAUAGACGUUGAGAGAUACUACAGAACUUACGUCGCCAGACCGCCGCCCGCCAGCUCGUUCGUGUUUCGUUCAGACCUCACCGCCGAUAACACACAAGCUACUGCAACCGCAGCAGCAGAAUUGGCUGCGCGAGAAGGAGAGAACCCAUUAACAUCUGUGCGAAACGCACGUACUUACCAGGUCACGGACGAGUCUGCACCAGGAGGCAAGAUUGACGUCGAGCGAGAUGACCUGGCUAAAGGUUAUGAAUACGGAAGAACUGCCGUGCAUAUCAGCGAGUCCGACGAAAAUAUCACGAAGCUGGAGACAUAUGCUGCUCUCGAAAUUAUCGGAUUCAUUCAAAGUGACCACUAUGAUCGAUUCAUGCACAUGUCUACGACAAACGUCAUAAUUGCGCAACGCACAAACGACAAGGCUAUUUUGGCACUCUCGUCGUUUAUUCAUGCUCUUUUCGAGUUAGAUUGCUAUGCCGUCGCUAGGCUUGUCACGAAGGAUAACAAGGCUCCGCUUAUUUCCUUACUGGCUCCUUCGAUUGAGGCAGAUUAUGAGUGUCUGUUGGAGGUCCAGCUCCCUUUUGCUGAAGACGUACGGUCAUAUCGAUUUCCUCCCUUGGAUAAAGUUGUUACCAUCUCUGGGAAGGUGGUUACAGAGCACCGCUAUCUGCCCAAUGACGAUCUACAGAAUGCCAUGAGCAAGUAUGUAGAUAGCAUGGAACUGGUCGACAGAGAUGAAGAUGGGAACGUAACUGAAACGAUGUCUUUCGAUGAUUCCUUCUCGCCUUUACUGCAUCGAAUAGACCACGCAAUCCGAUGGCGAGCAAUUCACCCGAAUGAGCCAGUGCCCCCUCCUCCCGAAAGGUUGACUAAACUCGCUCAUCCGCCUGAAGAAUUGCAAGAACGAGCGAAGAAGUACUUGGAGCGACUCGUUUCUGCAGCCGAUGUCAAGAAAGUGCCACCGAAAGCUAAAGGACGCAAACGCAACCGCGAGGCUGACAAGCCCCUGUCAGGGCUUGACGUUGAUGCGCUGCUCCACAAAGGGAAGCGAGCCAAGAUCUCCCCAGAAAACGCAAUCCCAGAAUUUAAACAGGCUCUUUCAGCUACAGAAGACAUCGAAGCUGUUUCCGGCGUGGUCAAGCAGAUGUCAACUAUCAUAGAGGAUCAGAUACGGCACAGCCUUGGCGAUGCUAACUAUGACCGGGUUAUAGAGGAAGUGGGUGUCAUGAGAGAUGAACUGGUUGCCUACGAGGAGCCUAAGUUGUACAAUGACUUCGCCCGUCAGCUAAAGGACAAGAUCCUGAAAGAGGAACUGGGUGGGGAUCGACGUGAACUUUGGUGGCUCAUCCGCAGAAGCAAGCUGGGAUUGAUUGAUAAGAGCAUGUCAGAGCAAUCAGACGUCUCGGAGGAAGAAGCAAAGGAGUUUCUUUCAUCGGAGUAAUAAAUCAAUCAUUAUUCCUGUCACUGCUAAUGAAGUAUGGAUGUUGGUUUAUUCAAUGAAUAUGGGUCUAGUCAGAAAGCAUGCUUCGUGAAACCGCAAAUACGCCUUUAGGUACACAAUAAGGGUAUAAUGGACUCUUUAACA